AUGAAAUAUGAUAAAGCUUAUGAAUUAUGUUGGCGACAACAUUCUGUUUUGGCAUACAUUGAAGAUUCCGCAGAAGAUGAAUACAUAAAAAGAGAAUUUGGUAAUCAAACUUAUUGGAUAGGCAUAAAUUGUCAAAAAGAUAGAUGGUUAAUGACCAACAGCGAACUUGCCUUUCAUACAAAUUGGAUUCAUAGACAGGCCAAAGGUUGUCCAUUGAAUGAAAAAGCUGUCUACGAAACUGAUUAUCCCGGUGGAUGGAAUAUUACAGACAAAAAUAGUAGCCAUUAUUAUGCAUGUAAACAUAAAAUUGUAUGGAUCUCAGCAACAUUGGCAAUACUGCUAUCAACAGCAAUCUUUUUAUUGGUACUGCGACUUUGCUUAAAAGAGGAUGAUACUGAAACAAUUAUGCCAAAAGUUAUUGCUGGUACUGCUGCCCAUACCUGUCGUGCUCCUGUUCCUGAUGUUACUGCUCCUACUACAAUGAUUCCUACCACUGCUUCUGCACAUACUAUUACUCCUGCUAGUACUUCGCUAUCUCUUAUUACUGCUACGACUACCAUCCCAACUAAUGCGACCACCAGUUCAAUUUCUACGACCACGAUGACGACUAUUCCUACCACUCUAGAUCCUAAUCAAAGCACUUCUUUAGUUAUUUCACUUACUUCACUUAGUCAUAGUGAAUCCUCUACUUCUGACACUGUUUCAACUACUUUUGCCAGUUCUGAACUGAGCACAGAAUCAUCGACAAUAAGUUAA